AUGGCCGACGAAGAAUUUGAAAUCGACAUCUACGGUGAUGCGCCGCAGAACAACCAGGACGGGCAAGACACCCAACAUCAGCACGACGAGCACCAGGGAAACGGUCAGCAGGAGCAUGCCGACGAACAACACUACCAGCAGGAGGCGAAGGCCGAAUCCGAAGAGUACAACGACGAUCAGCAACAACAGCCUGCGCCGCAGCAAGGCGUAAAGCGGAAGGGCGAUGACAGACCCAUUGAUCCCGGCGCGACCAGCGCCAUCACCAUCUCCGAACUGAAUUGGUGGACCACGGACGACGAUAUCCGCGGAUAUGCACACCAGGCGCAUUGCGAGGAUGAACUCAAGGACGUGACGUUUAGUGAACAUAAGGUGAACGGCAAAAGCAAAGGCCAAGUCUACGUCGAGUUUACAUCACAGCAAGCGGCCACGGCGAUGAAGCACUACAUCGAGUCGCUUGAGCAUCAUGUGGUCAACCAGAAGAAGCCCACCGUCGCCUACACGAACCCCAACGUGAAUCCCUUCCGCACGCUGCCCAAGGACACCUCGAACCGACAGGGUAAGGAUGGCCAGGUCAGCCGGCCGGGACAGGGUUUCAACAACGACCGCGGUCCCAACGUGGGCGGAGACUACCGGCCGAACAACUUCCGGGGACGAGGCGGCUACGGCCCGCGCGGCGGCAUGCAACCCGGUGGCGGCGGUUUCAACCGCAAUUUCUCUGGUGGCGGCAUGGGAGGAGGCGGCGGUUUCAAUAACAUGGGAGGCGGCUUCGGCGGCGGCAUGGGUGGAGGAGGUUUCGGAGGAGGCGGCGGCUUUAAUAACCGUGGCGGCUUCGGCGCCGGCGGUAUGCGCGGUGGCCCUGGAGGCAUGCGCGGUGGACGUGGCGGUAUGGGCAACAUGGGCGGAAUGGCCAUGGGCGGCCCCAUGGGUCCUAUGGGCCCAAUGGGCGGUAUGCCGAUGGGAGGCAUGCCUAAUCCCAUGGGCAUGAUGGGUGGAGGUAUGCAGGGCUUCCAGGGGAUGACUCCGCAGUUCAACCCCGGCUUCUUCGGUGCCGGUGGUAAUCAAGGCGGCGCCGGCGAGUGGGGAAAUCCCCACGGAGCAAAGAGGCCGCGGCCGGAGUAA